AUGGCCCAGUAUAUGCUAUGGCAUAACAAACAUAACAAACUCCAGUCUCUCGUCGGCCUCGAAGGCUCUCUCAUGGCAUUACAGAACCAGAUUAUCAUUAUAACCAUAAUAAUGACAUCCGUUUUGGAGACCAAACGUACAAAUAAUGGUUGUAUUCAUCCCUCACGAGUAAUGGCAGUGAUUGUCAUGCGAUUAAUCGUAAUAGUGUUUGUGUGCGUUAAUCACGUGUAUUCAUCGGCACAACAAUCAUCUCAUUUAAGGACUACAACUUUCCCGUCCGGACCCUUAUAUCAUGUGAUAGUCAACCAGAAUAACAAUGAUAUUAUAGUCGGCGGACGUAAUGCCAUAUACCGGCUGUUGGGCUCCGAUCUGUCGCUCAUCGAACAGUUCAAAACGGGUCCCGUCAGUGACAAUCUCGAGUGUCCGCCACCCGACCUGCCCUGCGAUACACCUAAGACACAGACAGACAAUGACAAUCAGGUUCUAUUAGUAAGCCAUCCGGUGCUGUUGGCGUGCGGCACCGCAUACCAGGGUAUGUGCUAUAUGUUAAAGGCCGACAAUAUAUCCAACUAUAAUCAGUUGUACGGCCCGUCAAAUGACACCAUGAGUUUUGUGGGCAGCAAGACGUCGAGUGCGGCCUUUUUCGCGCCCUCUUCUACAGGCAAAGGCUUAGUCCUCUUUGUGGCCAACGCUUACGACGGCAGACCUCUUCAUAUGAGUCCGCCCUCUGUGUCCAGUCGUAGACUUCAUGGAUACCACUUACUCUCAAAAAGCAGUGAAAAUUCUUAUGAGAUGAGACCAAUGCCUGACAUAAGAGACAUGUCAUUAGCGCAUAAUACGAGUCCAUCGUUUUCAAAAGUCGACUUUCACCCCACAUAUAAGCAGACUUUUAACGUUAAAUACAUUUAUGGUUUCAAUCACACACAUUAUGCAUACUUUGUGUCCACACAACCCAUUAACGUACGGACACAAGAAUACGAGACUAAACUCAUCAGAAUAUGUCUGAAGGAUAACGAAUUCUUCUCGUAUAUGGAAAUGCCAUUGCGUUGCGGACCACGUGAUGGCACAGAACACUCUUCUCAUAAGAGUAAGAAUAUUGACUACAUAUUGGCCACAACCGGAUAUUUGGGUAAAAUUGGUUCACAUAAUCCCGUGAAUUACGAUUCGCUGGGAAUUAUGUCCGAUUCCAAUGCCGACACAUUAUUCUUGUCAAUGUCUGUGCCAACCAUCGGUUCUUCCAUCAACACAUCCAUUGGAUCCGCCAUUUGUGCCUUCAGUAUGAGACAAAUCAACAAAGCAUUUACCGAAGCGGCCCGCGAGUGCUUCCGGGGCGCCAGUGAUAGUAGAGUACAUCUUUUGGAAAUAAUUAACGGCCGGAAAGCGGAUUGUAGUCAUAUUCAAUCAGAUGUGACCGACAGCUUCUGCGGCACCGGACAGAACCCCUAUAUCGAGACCAGUCAAGUGACAUCACUGGCCGUUGACGUACACAAUACAAGGACUGUGGCCGCCAUCGGCACCUCCGACGGAGUGCUGUCCAAAGUGAUCAUCGAUGAGACCGAAGAAUCGGAAAAGUUAUUAUUUGAGGAGAAGUUGUCUGACAAUUCAAACCAUCAAAUGGUUGCCCCGAAUCCCGUGUUUGACAAAAAGAGACAAAACCUUUAUGUUUUGUCGGGUAAUAAAUUGGUUGAAAUGCCGUUUGGCUCGUGUAAGAUAUACGGAACCUGUAGUUCGUGUCUGUCAUCUGGAGAUCCAUUGAACUGCGGCUGGUGUGACAACUACUGCUCUACCAGCGAGGCCUGUGAUAAGCCCCUUUUGAAUCAUCUCGAUUGUUUGCCUGAGAUAUACGACUUCACACCCAAAUCGGGUCCAAUCACUGGCGGAACUAUUGUCACCAUUACUGGUGACAAUUUGGGUCAGGAUUGGGGCGCUUAUGAAAACAGCAAUAUUACAGUUAAAAUCGCCGGAAUUUCAUGUCAUGUGAUCAGUUGGGCAAUGACCAAGGUUCAAUGUAGAACUGAUUCAGUUCCUAAACCUGUUUCAGAUAAAAUAUAUAUUCAUGUAAUCGAUCGCAAACCAAAGGAUAAGCACCACACCUAUGAAAUCAAGGGAUCGGUAAUGUCUAGUGAAGUGUUCACAUACGUUGAGCCCGAAAUAAUGGGCAUUAAUCCAUCAUUUGGUCCGUACGACGGCGGCACUAAUAUUACACUCAUUGGACAUAAUCUGCACAUCGGUUCCAACAGAACUAUACUUCUAUCAGGAGUUCACUGCAAAGAAUUUGAAAACAAUAGCAAAUUCUUGAAAUGUACGUCCGGUCGACUGCCCUCAGCAGCAACACUGUCCUUACCUUUGGACACAAGUGUUAAACUUUUUAUAGACAACUCAGUUCUUGUUAUCAAUUCAAACAAAACGAUACAUAAACCCAAGACAUCAAUUGAGAAAAACGAAUUCAUGUCAGCAAUGGUUUGGAGCGAAUUCUUUGAAUAUAGACCUAAUCCGCGGAUCAAUUCAUUUGAACCGAAUUCAACCAUCAAAAGUGGCGACACAAACAUCACUGUUAGUGGUGUUAAUCUGAAUUCAGUGGCCAACCCUCGUAUAAAAGUGAACGCCUUUUUUGGCUUUGAUAAACAAAAACGCGUAGAAAUGGAGGGCCAGUGUUGGGUCAAUCCAUUGGGCACUCAAAUGACUUGUCAAACCCCGGAUCUCAACACAACUACUCCCCGAUUAGAUAUCACUGUAUCGAAGGAAACCAAAUUAAAUUUCAUUAUGGAUGGCGUCGACAAUACAGGACUUAAUGGUCGUCUCUCGCGUCUUAUCUAUUAUCCGGACCCGACUUUUCAUAGUUUCAAAGAUGGUCUGCAAGUGGUCUGGUAUGAGGAACCGGACCUUACAAUUGGUGGCAAAGAUUUGCACAUUAGUUAUCCCAUUAAAAUACUGAUCAGCUCUCAUCAAAUACCAUGUAAUAUCACUCCUAGUAAUACAAUUAACGCCAUUAGUUGUCGGAUACACGAUAUAAAUAAGAAAAUAUGGGCAGUCGAUGGCAGGAAACAUCCAGUUUUUGUCAAAGUCGGCAAAAUUAGUUUUAGUCCUGGUAGUAUGACAUUUGACUAUAAGCCGGGUAUACUGAGUGUGGGCUCAAUACUGGGCAUCACGUUUGUGACCAUUGUGUUGAUAGUACUGACUGUGGGUCUCAUCUAUUAUUACGCCCAGAAAAAUGGUAUUUCAUUUCUUAAGCAACCGAUUCCCUCGCAAUUUCAAGUCAAUUACAACCGGUCCGCAUCGGAAGGCGGAUCAGAUAGACCUCCAUAUGUCUCUCAAAUGUCUUCCAUUGGCACAUCUAAUGAUACUGAUAUUAUUGCAUUAAUUAAUGUGUCCUUCAAAUGA